AUGCUCGUUGCAGGCAACGGAACUGCCGGUUCUGGUAAUCAAUCACUCAAUGGACCGUUCAGAAUGGACUUUGACGCCAGUGGUGAAUAUCUUUACAUUGCCGACUAUAACAAUCAUCGCAUUCAAAAGUGGCAAUUGCCCAUCAACAAUAGUGUAGUAGCGACAGCAGGAGUGACUGUUGCCGGUGGAAAUGGAGCAGGUAACGCAUCAAGUCAAUUGAAAUAUCCCAGAUCAAUUUAUGUAUCGAGGAAAACAGGUAGUAUCUAUGUUGCCGAUACGAAUAACCAUCGUAUUCAACGUUGGUCGGUCGGUGCUACACAAGGUGUUACAAUAGCAGGUGAUCCAUAUUGUGUGUCGGAAGCUGAAGAAUUAUCAAAAAAAUUUAUAGAACAAAAUAUUGAAUUACAACAUGAAAUUGAAACAUUUCGUUCUAAACUUGAUUAUAUUGUAACAUAUAUUAAUCAAAAAUUGGAUCAACAAAAAACAACAACAACAACAACAUUAUCAUCUUUAUCUAUACAUCAAUUAGUAUUUGAAACUAUGCAACAAACAGAAAUGAAAUUACUUGAAUUUAAAUUAAAAUUUAUUUCACAACAAGAAGAAAAUGAUCUUUUAAAAUAUUUAAUGGAAAAAUCACAAAAUAUAUCAGAUAUUGAACAAACAAAAUUAUUUUCUAUUAUUCAACAACGUUCACUUGAACGUGAAAUUGAUCUUGUUCGUCAAGAACUUGAAAUUACAGAGAAAAAAACUAUUCAAUUUGAACAAACAAUUGAGCCAAAUUUAAAUGUUGAUUUGGAAAAAGAACGACGACGUGCAGAUGAAUUUGAAAAUGAUUAUAAAUCUUUAAAAAUAAAAUUUGAUGAUGUAUGUGAACGUAUUCGUAUAGCUACACAUCAAUUAGAACAUGUACAAAUUGUACUUGAAGAAACAUCACGUCGUUGUGAACAAUUAGAAAAAGAAAAGUCUGAAAUUAAUGCUCAAUUUGAAUAUCUUUCACAAAAUGUUCUUAAUGUAACAUCAAAAUAUAAAGAUAAAUUAAAUAUAAUUAAAGUUCGUUUAGAACAAGCAGAACAUGAAAGACAUGAAGUACAACUUCGUAAUGAAAAAUUUCAAAAUGAUAGACAACCGUUUGAUGUAAAAAAUGAUGGAAUUCGAGAAAGUGUUAUAGUAACAAAAAUAUUUGAUGUUAAAAUUAUUCCAUCAGAUCAUUCAUUAUCGGAUGAAUAUGAAAAUCGAUAUUUAUAUGAAUUACAACAAGAACGAAAGGAAUUAAUGAGAAAGAUGCAAAAUGAAAAUGAACAAAUGCAACAAAAAUUAUCUGAAUCAAUGCGUCGUUCAACAAUUGAUUCAUUAGUACAAGAAAAUCCAACUAAUUAUACAUAUUCAAAUUCUCAAAUACAAACAAAUGUUUUAAGAUGUGCACACUGUUUUGCACCUAAAUCAAAUGAUUUAUAUACACGAUUUUGUACGGAAUGUGGUCUAUCUUGGCAAAAACUAACUCAUAAUCCACCGGAUAAUUAUUCAACAAGAAUUCUAUGUCCUCAUUGUAAAUCAACAAAUCCAAUACAUUUACGAACAUGUUAUAUUUGUGAAAAUGUAUUAAUACCAACAUCGACAUCACCAGAAAAACGAACUUCAAUUUCAAUUCCAACAAUAUCAAAACAAACUAAUACAAUGAUGAUAACAUGUUCAAAAUGUUUUCGUUUAAAUAAUCCUAAUGCUCGUUUUUGUGAUUGGUGUAGUGCAUAUCCUGAUCAUGCAUCUACAUCAAUACAAUGUACAAAAUGUCAUACUAAUAAUGAUUCAUUUGCAAAAUUUUGUUCAACAUGUGGAUGUGUUAUUAAACCACCAUUACGUAUUAUUGAUACACGUCUUAAAAACGAUUUGAAUAUUUCAUCUUCAUCGAUGAUUGCUAGUACAUUAACACAUAAUUCAGUUAAUCCUGUAUGGCUUAAUGCAAAUACAACAUUGACUAAUUAUCAUCAAUCAUAUUCAACAAUUAGAAAAGAAGUUGCAACACAAAUAUAUGGAAUUUAUUAUCCAAGUGCAAAAGAUAUUGAUUUAAUUAUAACACAAAAUAAAAGAUUAUUAAAUGAAAAAGAAUUAAAAGAAUAUCGUCCAAUAUUAACAUCUAUAAGUCCAGUAAAAGGAUAUUGGCGACAACAAUUAGAUCAUAUUUGUGAACCACGUAUGGGUAAUAUGAUUCAUGCAACUGUACAUGAAAAUGAAUAUCAAGUAACUAUACAAACAGUAUUUCGUAAACCAGAAAAUCUUUCACAAUCACCAUUUUUUAUUAAUGAAACAAAUGAAUAUUAUCCAAUAAAUAGUGAACGAAAUUCACCAUAUUCAAAUACAAUUUAUUUUGAUAGUAGGGAAAAACGAGGUAAUACAGCAUUACAUGAAUGUUGUUUAUUAGGAUUUGAUGGUGCUGAACCAUUAAGAAUUCUUCUCAAACAUGGAGGUGAUGCAUCUUGGUUAAAUGAUAAAAAUGAAAGUUUUAUUGAUAUAGCAGCAAAACAAAAUUGUCCAGAAUUAUUACAAGCUUUUUCUAAAUAUCAAAGUGAAAAAAUGCUUAAACAACAUAUGACAAAUUCUUAUGGUGAUCAUACAAGAAUAAAAACUAUUCAUGAUCAUCAUUCAUCAGAGAAAUUAUAA